GCUGCCCCUCAGCGCCCCCUGGGCACCGCCCACGUCACGGCCGGGAGCCGCCUGGCUAGCAGCUGGGUGGGAGGGACUCGGACCGAAGUAGCGGGCGCCCAGGGCAGCGGCGGCUCGGGCAUGCCAUGGAGCCUGGCCCCGCCGCGUCCCCCGGGCCUUCCCGCUCGUUUAAGGAGGAGCUGCUGUGCGCCGUCUGCUACGACCCCUUCCGCGACGCCGUGACGCUGCACUGCGGCCACAACUUCUGCCGCGGGUGCGUGAGCCGCUGCUGGGAGGUGCAGGUGACGCCCACCUGCCCCGUGUGCAAGGAUCGCGCGUCCCCCGCCGACCUGCGCACCAACCACACCCUCAACAACCUGGUGGAGAAGCUGCUGCGCGAGGAGGCCGAGGGCGCGCGCUGGGCCGGCCAGCGCUCCUCGCGCCACUGCCGCCUGCACCGCGGCCAGUUGAGCCUCUUUUGCCUGGAGGACAAGGAGCUCCUGUGCUGCUCCUGCCAAGCCGACUCCCGGCACCAGGGCCACCGCGUGCAGCCGGUGAAGGACACCGCACACGACUUUCGGGCCAAGUGCAGGAACAUGGAACACGUGCUGCGGGAGAAAGCUAAGGCCUUCUGGGCCAUGCGGCGUUCCUAUGAGGCCAUGGCCAAGCACAAUCAGGUGGAAGCUGCCUGGCUGGAAGGCCGUAUCCGGCAAGAAUUUGACAAGCUACGCGAGUUCUUGAGGGUGGAGGAGCAGGCCAUACUGGACUCGAUGGCCGAGGAGGCCAGGCAGAAGCAGCUCCUGGCCGAUGAGAAGAUGAAGCAGCUGGCGGAGGAAACCGAGGCACUGGCACAUGAGAUUGAGCGGCUGCAGGCAGAGAUGAAGGAAGAUGAUGUUUCCUUUCUCAUGAAACAUAAGAGCCGAAAACGGCGGCUCUUCUGCACCAUGGAGCCGGAGCCCGUCCAGCCUGGCAUGCUCAUCAAUGUGUGCAAGUACCUGGACUCCCUGCAGUACCGUGUCUGGAAGAAGAUGCUCACAUCUGUGGAAUCUGUGCCCUUUAGCUUAGAUCCCAACACUGCAGCUGGCUGGCUGUCCGUGUCUGAUGACCUCACCAGCGUCACCAACCAUGGCUACCGCGUGCAGGUGGAGAACCCCGAGCGCUUCUCCUCAGCACCCUGCCUGCUGGGCUCCCGCGUCUUCUCACAAGGCUCCCACGCUUGGGAGGUGGCCCUGGGUGGGCUGCAGAGCUGGCGGGUGGGCGUGGUGCGCGUGCGGCAGGACUCCGAGGGCCACUCGCACAGCUGCUACCAUGACACACGCUCAGGCUUCUGGUAUGUGUGUCGUACGCAGGGGGUAGAGGGGGACCACUGUGUGACCUCUGACCCGGCCACACCACCCUUGGUCUUGGCCAUCCCGCGCCGCUUGCGUGUGGAGCUGGAAUGUGAGGAAGGUGAAUUGUCCUUCUAUGAUGCCGAGCGCAACUGCCACCUGUACACCUUCCAUGCCCGCUUCGGGGAGGUGCAGCCCUACUUCUACCUAGGGGGUGCGCGAGGAGAUGGGCCCCCCGAGCCUCUGCGCAUCUGCCCUUUGCGUGUCUCAGUCAAAGAAGAGCUGGAUGGCUGAGCAGACCAGGGGCUGGGGGUUUGGUUUUCUUCCUGAAGUUCCUGCUGCGCAUCCUCUCCCUGACCAUCUCAUUGGACUCCUUCCCCGACUCCAGGCUCCAAGCUGCUUUGCUUAUUUCUCCUGUUGCCUCACUUCAAAGCUGCCAGGUGCUGUGUCCUGGCUCUGUGGAGCUAUGGUACCUCCGGGAUGUGAAUUUUCUGAAACCUCAUUCCAGCAUUUCUAGGGAAUAGUGCUCAUUUCUGGGAUAGGCAUGGUGAGGCCAGCUAAUGUAGAAGACAUUUGCCAUGGGAAAAGAGAUGCUGAUUACUCAGUUCCCAAGGGACCAUGGGAGCUGGGAGGGAAGCACCAUCCUCAGGCAGGAGGCAAAAGUGAGGGGAAAGCCUGGGCCAUGUUUCUCUUGGAGUGACUGUGGUGAGCAACCCCCAUGUUAGAUCACAGGGGCUGCCAUUGUAGUCUGAUUUUGGGCCUGGAAUGAUGAGCCAGGAUGGUGUCGACCUGGAGUGUGAGAGCUGAGUAGAGGAGGUGAUGGGACUGUGGCUCUUGUAGCAGAUCUGCAUAGAGGCGUCCAUCUCCAGCAAGUCCUUGGCUCUAGGAAUGGGUUGUAAGGGAAGGGCUGUCUCCAUGUCAAUGGUGCUGGGGAGACCACAGCAUAGAGAAUACAUGAGAAAUGCGUGUUCUUCAGGGUGGCUGUCAUGUCAUUGGGACAGGACCUACGGCUCAGCUGAUCCACCUUUUAUGUCAGAAUUGCAAAAGAGUUUUGCAUAUCCCCCCUGGGGGACCCACAGAAGGGAAGCAAGGAUGUCCAUCUCCUCUAGUCUAUGUGCUUCUUGGACAACUUCCUCUGAACAUAGGAUUCCCAAGGAAAGUGCUAGAGGCCCUGGCUUCAGCCUGUUCCCUCUCUAGGCCUUGGUUUCCUCAUAUGUGAAUUCAGGACUGGGGGCUCAUGGCCACCUGUGAUGGCGUCAGAGGAAAUUCUCCUGAGUCACUCUUUACCUAGCCAUGAGGAAGGAAGUGGAAUUGUCUGAAGGGUGGCCCUGUAAUCAGAACCCUGGGUGCUACUGGAGAGCAAAGAGGAGGCAGGUGCUGUGCUUGUUGCUGACUUCUGCCUGCUUGUUCUUGCUCCACCAUGCCUGCGAAUAUGUAUCUGACUUUCCGUCCUGACACAUGCCUGCAGGUACUUUUUAAUUACCAACUCACUAUACCCCGGAGGAAACACUGUCAAAGAUAUAUUUCCUUGUAGGAGUAGGGUUAACCAAGUCUGGGUGUUUUUCUGAGCAAAGACUAUAUAUAUCCUGCCCCUUGGUACACAAAAACAAGGCAUUUGAAACCAAAAUUAUGACUUGGACCUAUACAACAAUUAUACAUGUUUUGUACACUGGCUGUGUGAAAGUAGGGAGAGACCAGGUAGAAAAUACCACUGCGUGAAGUGGGCCAUGUUGGGGUAGUGUGGAUGUUGGUGAACUAGGGUGCGUGGGCCUUAUUAAAACAGACUUGAGAAAUCUCGAGCACUCUGGGAGCCAAGCAUAUCUGAAAGCAUAUGUCUUCUGCUAUCAAAUAUUUAUCCAGCCUGUCAAAUACAAUAUGUAUGUAAUAGAUGUGAUCAGAAAGUAUUUUGCUAGUGGUAACUAAACUUUGUUAAGUAGUUUUUUCAUCUUGGAUGUUAACAUUUGUUUUGGUUUUUUAAAAAACAUAAUUUGAAGCACCUAGAACUUUUUUUGAAAAUAAAAAUUAUAUUUAAGCUAAAUCCCACUUUUUAUUUGAUGUUUUAAUUUAGACGGUAAAGCUCAUGUUCAUCUAUGUUGUUUCAUAUAUCUAACUUUAUUCCCUUUUGUUGUCAUAUCAUCAUUCUGUGAAUAUUUGGGUUAUUUCCACUUUGAGGCUGCUAUGAUUAAUCCUAUUAUGAACAUUCUCUUGGAUAUGUUCCUAGGAAUGAAUUUGCUAAAUACAGUGGUAACUGUUGAGCCUUCUGAGGAACUGACUGGCUAUUGUGCAAUGUGGCGGAAUAAUUUUAUAUUGCCCUAACAGUAUAUGAGCCUUCUGAUUAUUCCACAUCUUUGUCAACUCAUAGUAUUAUCUUAGCCAUCUUAGCUUUUUAAUUUAGCCAUCCCAAUGAGGGUGAAUUGAUAUCUCAGUGUUUGAUUUGUGUUCUGAUGGCAAAUGAUAUUGAGCAUGUGAUUAUGUGAUUAUUGGCCAUUUGUAGAUCUUCUUUGAAGAAAUGUCUUCAGAUCUUUCGACCACUUCUAAUGGAGUUAUUUGCCUUUUUAUUAUUGAGUUGUAAGAGUUCUUUAUAAAUUCUAGAAACAAGUCUUUAAUCAGGUAUGUGACUUAUAAAUUUCUCAUUCCGUGA